AUGGGCACAAGUAAAAAACAAUCAAAUCGAUCCAGCUCAAUAUCACAAACACAGACAACACCCGUUUUGAUGAACAUGACUAGUCAAUAUGAAGAUGACAGCUACGAGUCAUAUAAAACUUUUUACGAAAAGAAUUUUCAAGAAUUGUCAUUCAUUGGGAAGGGCGGGUACGGCCCCGUGUAUAAAGUGGAGCAUAAAUUAGAUGGUGAUUAUUAUGCGAUCAAGAUUGUCGAUUGCCUUGCAAGUUAUGAUGAAAGUAAACGAAAAGCCAUAUUAAACGAGGUUAAAAGUUUAGCAAAGGUGCGCUCUAAAUACGUGGUAAAAUACUAUAACUCAUGGCUGGGAGACAGUCGGCUGUAUAUACAGAUGGAGUAUUGCCCGCAAAGUCUUCGCAAAGUAUUGACAGAAAAAGGGCUGGCAUUUGGCAGACAAUCGGCAGAAACAAUGAAUGCAUACGAGUAUUACAUUUCGUGCGAAAUAUUCACAGAACUCCUUAAUUGUGUACAAUAUUUGCAUGAAUUGAAGCCACAAAUAAUUCAUCGUGAUCUCAAACCAGAAAAUGUGUUAAUCGUAUAUAAUUUAAAUGUGACUAAUUUCAACCAAGGGCGAUUUAUUAAACUAGGAGAUUUUGGUUUGGCAACUGUGCAUGAUAGUAAAAUACAUUAUAGAACAAGUAACAAACACUCCGCUGAUGUUGGUGAUUUAAGGUACCAGGCACCAGAAGUUGUGCAUAAAAAAUACGGUCAUAAAUGCGAUAUUUAUAGUAUGGGAAAAAUUGGCGAAGAAAUAUUUGACUUAGACUUAAAUUCUAGGCAGGAGUGUUCGCAAGUAUUGUCUAAAUCUACCGAGUGGUCUAUUGAUAGGUUGGAAAUUGUAAGCCAGGGCUCGGAUUUAAGCGAACCAGAUAAAAAGGAACUUAUGACAAAAAUGUCUACAUUGACAAAAUUAAACUUGGACUUUGUAGUAAAAUAUUAUCACACCUGGUUUGAAAACAAUUAUCUAUACAUUCAAUCGGAUUAUUAUAAACAAACUCUGCGAUCAAUUAUUAUAGAUAAGGCCAUCGCAUUCGGUCGACAACCGAACGACUCGCUUAGUGUAUUUGAAUAUUACAUAUCGUGUGAAAUAUUCAAACAACUUUUACAGUGUGUUCAAUAUUUGCACGAAUCAAACCCACCGAUAAUUCACCUUAAUUUAAAACCUGAAAACAUAUUUAUUAGUCCAAGCGUUGAUAAUACUUGUAGUAUAAAAUUGAGUGAUUUUUGCCUUCCACUUGACAUGUCAGUCGAUAUGGGUUACAACAGUCAAACCUCUGUUGGGUUUACAUUAAAAUAUAAAGCACACGAAGUUUAUAUGGGCUUAACAAUUUACCAAUCAGACAUUUAUAGUCUAGCUAUUAUUGGAUCUGAGUUAUUUGGAAUUGAUCAUGAAAUCUUAUCUCCAAUAUCAGCAUGUCAAAUGAUUGAAUCAGAAUUUGAAACACCAAUACUAUGUAUAAAACACAUACUUGUGGAAAAUAUGUCAAAAUUUGAUUGGAAACAAAGACCUGAGUGUCGGGAAGUGUUGGCCAAAUAUAAUGAGUGGUCUAUCGAUAAAACCAUUAUAAAUAAUCAUAAAGAAUUCAAUGCAACACGAAAUAAAUUAAAGUCAAAUGACAACUCAUUAUAUUAUAAGUUGAUUUCGUGUGAAUCAGUAACUGAUGAGACAACUCAUAAUGAUUAUGACAAUUAUAAAAAGUGUAAAUCAAAUUAUGGUCGUAAAGACAUACAAUCGAUGAUCUCAUCAAAUAAUAAUUGGUAUAAUAAUGUAAACUUUCAAAAAGAUUAUGGGUUUAAUGAUAUGACAACUGCAAGCUUUUACGCAUCCCAGUUCAUCGAAAUAGCAAAAAUAGGUGUAGGCAGUUUUGGAUCAGUAUUUAAAGUAAAGCAUAAAUUGGAUGAUAAGAUAUAUGCCGUUAAAACAGUACAAUUUCCCGAUUCAAAUAAAGACAAACAACAGAGUAUUCUCCAAGAAGUUAAAAGUAUUGCAAAAAUUAACUCAACUUUUGUUGUAAAAUACAAUAAUUCAUGGAUUGAAGAUAAGCAGUUGUACAUUCAGAUGGAGUACUGCUCGCAAACACUUGGGUCUGUACUCAGAGAUAAACAACAAGUUUUUGGCAGAGAAUCGAUGGAAACCAUGAAUAUUUACGAGUAUUAUAUAUGCUGUGAAAUAUUUCGGGAACUUUUAGAAUGUGUUCGAUAUAUACACGAAUUAACCCCUUCAAUCAUUCACAGGGAUAUUAAACCCGACAAUAUAUUUAUUUUAUAUAAUAGCAAGAAAAAUAGCUUUCUAAAAUUAGGUGAUUUUGGUUUAGCCACUGAACACAAAACACAAUCGCAGAGUCACACUCUAGGGAUGGGAACACCACACUAUAUGGCACCCGAACACUUGUAUACAAAUAAAUAUAGCUUUAAAGUAGACAUUUACAGCGUUGGAAUUAUUGGUCUAAAAUUAUUUGAAAUGAACUUGAUGUAUGGACCAGGAAAAUCAUAA